ACACGUAUUUGAGAAUCUUCUGUCCCAGACAGCGAUUGGAGGUUUUGGAUGUAUAGAAACGAGUGAGAUAGUAGAAUGGAAACAUUGUAUGCGGAAUGUCGCCCAGUAGUACCCGUAAGUGAGUGAAAGUACAACAGGCACGCGGCACAAGAGUUUGAUCAUAGAUCACCAGCCGAAGUUGGCCAUGAGGUUUCGCCGCUUAACGAAACUCGCUCGCCGGCGUCUGUCAAAUGCCGCUCCAGCCGAUUUCCCUGCGGCUGCUGCUCCCUCUCCCCCAGCAGCCGCUUCUUUUGCCUUCUUAGCCUUGGGAUCGUCAUCCUUCCCUUUGCCUUUGCCUUCAGGUCCUCCGGCGGCUUCCUCGGCAGGACCAGCGGCGCCCUCGACGCCGUUGUCCUUGGCCUUUUUCUUCGCCUCAGGGUCAUCGUCUUUGCCGUUACCCUUAGCUUUGCCAUCUGGACCUGCCGGCGCAGUUCCGUUAACGGCCGCUCCUGGAAGAAGUGCCGCCUUGCCCUUUGCCUUCUUAUCCUUUUUGGCUUUCUUCGCCUUUCCAUCCGGUCCAACAGCUUCGGUGCCGUUACCUGCGGCUCCAGGGAUUGCUCCUUUGCCCUUUCCAUCCUUCAACUUUUUCGCGUCUUUACCCUUCGCAUCCUUGCCCUUCUUGUCCUUCUUUCCCUUCUUGCCGGGGGGUGCAGGUACCGUUCCAUUGGCAGCAGCCUGGCCGGGCCCAGCAGCACCUGCUAGCUGUCCUUCAGCCUUCUUCUUGGCGUCAUCCUUUGCCUUCUUAGCAUCGUCCCUUGCUUUCUUUGCGGCGUCAUCCUUGCCCUUGCCCUUCUUAUCCUUCUUCUUCUUCUUUCCGGCAGGAUCAGUUCCAUUUGCUGCGGGAGGAGGAGGAGGUGGAGCUUGAGCUGCGGGG